CACAGUCCCCUUCCAGUUCCACCGUAGCUAGGGUUUCUGCCCAAAUCGUCGUGUAAUAAUCAAGAGACCGUCUUGAAGAUUCGCGAAAGAAACCAUCGGCGAUGGCCACCACCGCCACCGUCCCCUCCCCCUCCCCGGACCCAACACCCACCACCACGCCUCCCUCUCCUCCUCAACACAACCCGCCCUCCUCCGCCGUCCACGGCAGCGAGAUCGCGCCGCCCGACCAGCAGCUCGCCGUCGUCGCCGAGGAUGGGAAGCCGGGCCCCGGCGGCGGGAAGCUGGUGGCGGAAGCCAUGCGCAAGCACGCGGCGCCCCGGUCGUCGCGGUUCCACGGCGUCACCAGGCUCAAGUGGAGCGGCAAGUUCGAGGCGCACCUCUGGGACAACGCCAGCCAGGUCCAGGGCCGCAAGCGCAAGGGCAAGCACGUGUAUUUAGGAAGCUAUGUUACUGAAGAGAGUGCCGCAAGAGCACAUGACCUUGCAGCUCUGAAAUAUUGGGGCAUAAAUCAACACACCAAAAUGAAUUUCAAUGUUUCUGACUAUGAGAAAGAAAUUGAGAUCAUGAAGAACAUGAACCAAGAUGAAUUUGUGGCCUACAUAAGGAGGCAGAGUAGUUGUUUCUCAAGAGGAACUUCAGCAUACCGGGGUGUAACAAGGCGGAAAGAUGGUAAAUGGCAAGCACGAAUUGGUAGGAUUGGUGAGAGUAGAGACACCAAAGACAUCUAUCUUGGCACAUUUGAAACUGAAGUGGAGGCAGCUGAAGCUUAUGACCUAGCAGCAAUUGAGCUCCGUGGUGUUCAUGCUGUGACCAACUUUGAUAUCAGCAAUUACUGCGAAGAUGGUUUAAAGAGACUUGAAGAAGGCUGUGAAGAUGGUUUGAAGAGACUUGAAGAAGGCCGUGAAGAUGGUUUGAAGAGACUUGAAGAAGACCGCGAAGAUGGUUUGAAGAGACCUGAAGAAGGCCGCGAAGAUGGUUUGAAGGGACCUGAAGAAGGCCGCGAAGAUGGUUUGAAGGGACCUGAAGAAGGCCGCGAAGAUGGUUUGAAGAGACUUGAAGAAGGCUGCCAAGAUGGUUUGAAGAGACUUGAAGAAGGCUGCCAAGAUGGUUUGAAGAGACUUGAAGAAGGCCCAUCCGAGGUAACCAACCUGGAGGAUCAACCAGAGGUCACUAAGCUAGCUGGACAAUAGAUAUUAGAAAUAUCAUGUAAAUUAUUUCGUUACCUUCCAUUUGCCUUUUUUCAUUGAUGAUGAUCAUCAAUCUUUUCUCCCCUUUUAGAGUGACGUUUCUGCUUUCAUUUUUCCUGCAUUUUUUUUCAAUGGAUCCCUGCGCAUUGUUGCCGGUCUGGUGUUUUACCAACUCCUGAAUACCUGAUGUUGUAUUCUGUAUUAUCAUGUAAACUAUACAUAAAUCGUCGAUGGUAUUUGUAAAAAUAACAAUGCAAUCGGAAGUUCAGUGCUCUAA